CUAAGUAGAGAGCUUUUCUCUUUCGUCUGCUCCUAAGCCCAUCUUUUUCUCGUCAAUCUAGGGAAACCUUACCCUCAAGGAAUCAUGGCUGCCAGUGCCAACACUCGGAGCUUCACCGACGAGUUCCUCCCGCCGUUUGAGUACUUCUUCAAGGUGAUCACGCCGGAAGCCGUCCAGAACAAGAAAACAAUGCUUCCGGAGAAGUUUACAAUCACUUUCAAGGCCAAGCUCCCAAACGUGGCGACGCUGAGAGGGCCAAACGGCAGAUUUUGGCGGGUCGGGUUGACAAAAGAACGGCGAAACCCGAACAGAGUGUGGUUCGACUCUGGAUUCGGAGAUUUCCUCUGCUUCUACUCCAUCAUCGCCCGCCAUUUACUCAUUUUCAAGUACGACGGCUCCUCCGGUUUCGACGUUGUCAUUUGCGACCUGACCGCCUGCCAGGUUGUCUAUCCGAGCUCCGAACCUCAGGUUUCUCCCGGCGAUGAAGAAGAAGACGACAGCGACGAUGAGCCCACUGAAGACGAAGUCGAAGAAGAAGAAGAAAUCAGCGAUUCCGAAUCUGACAGUUACGAGCGGUUUGGCCGUGGCCGUAUUUGGAAAGGGAAACAGGUAGAGACAACCGGGAUUUCAAGCUCUCGCCGGAAACUCACCGGAGCGAAAAUUCGAGCUGCCGGAACUGCUUCAGGGUCCCGGCGCCUGCAACAACCAAACCGCCCUCUCACGGCGGCGGAGCGACUGGCUGGGGCGGAUGGGCAUUUGUGGAGGCGGCUGAAGGCAUCGAGGAUUAUGACGUCAACCAAGUUCAGCUGCAGCUUCGGCGGGUUGUCCCGUGGGAGCAAGAGAGGGGUGGAGAAAGCCAUGGAUUGCGAGCCAAGGAACCCUUCUGUGCUCAUCGUCAUGAGGAAUUUCCAUGUUUGCACGGGAGGAGUCCUGUACAUGCCCAGUAAGUUCGCCAAGCGGUACUUUUCUGGAGAUCGAGAAAGAGUCAGGCUGUGUGCUUACGAGGGGAAGACGAGAUUUGUGGGUGAAUGGCGUGCUUAUGCCGCCAUAAACAAGCCGCGGCUCAGCGUAUUGUAUAUCAGAGGGUGGCCGGAGUUCCAAUCGGACAAUAACUUGGCGGAGGGAGAUAUGUGCUUAUUCGAGCUCGUCGAUCAGGAGAAGAAAGUUUUCCAUGUCUACAUGUUUAGAGCUUGAUAUUUGUGCACUAAAUUGGAUCUUGUGAUAGAUUGUACUCAUUGUGCAAGGGAGCUACGUGGCAAUUUGAACUCGCCCCGUGGGUAUUACCCGACCUGAUCCGUGAUGGGCGGGUAUUACCUGACUCGCAGUAGCGUGGGGCGGGACAUGAGUUCUUACUUCCGACCUGCCCUGCCCGCCCGUUCUUGGCCCAUUUUAUCUCAAUUUCUUACCGUAUCUAUUCAUAUUUAUCAUAGUUUGAAUUUUCUUCAACUAGUUAGACUCGAACUUUUAACUAGUUAGACUUAAUUACCCGUUCUAUUAUAAAUACUUUCAUUCAUA